UAUAUAAAACAGAUGUGAGAGUGACACAGAGGCAUUGGAGAAACGAUGAAGACUUUGUGUGUUGCUAUUGUUGUGCUGAGUCUCACCUCAGUGUGUCAGUCAACAGCGCUGACCUGUGAGCAGUUGAAAAAGCCACUCGACCAAAGUCCAGAUGUGUCUGGAAGAUGGUACAUGAUAGCGCUGAGCUCAGACAUCUGUCUGAUUCCAACCCUCCUGAAUUCCUUGCUUUGGCCCAGUGUUGUUGUAGACGUUACAGCACAGGACCAAACCACACCAAACAUCUACAAUGCCAACUUUACAUUCAACAUGCAUGACUUUUGUGACUCAGAGGUUGAAACCUUUGUCCUUAAAAGCAGCAGCCUUUUUGAUGUGGACAGCAACAAUGCUCCAACUGGUGAGCCUGAUACGCUGCUGCACACUGGCUGUCCUGACUGCCUCGUUAUCAAGGGGAAUGAUGACAUCAACUUGCUCAUGUACCUCAGUAGGAGAAAAACUGUCACUGAUGCUGAGCUGAAGGAGUUUGAGACACAGUCAGAAUGUAUGGGCUGGUCCAAACCAGAGGUUCUAAACACAGUCCAUGAAUACAAAGACUGCAAGUCCUUUGAUGACGACAAUGAGCAUGAUGUUUCAACUUUAUUGGCCAAGAUGGGUCAACGAAUGAAAAGCUCAUUUAUGUCUCCUCUUCGAUGUAUUGGACAGUAUAUUUUUAACAUCCCUUCCAUUGGGUGGACAUAGAAAGAGUUGAACAGCCUUCUGUGAAUGAACAAAUAAAAACUACACUAAAUGUGAAACACUGCAACUAUUUCAGCUGUUUUUUUCUAGCAUUACUUUUAAAAUAAAUUCAGCUUUGUAGCAUUCA